AUGAAUGAUUUUCGGAAACAAAUACCAUUGACACAACGUCCUGUGAGAAGGAUGUAUGUACAUGGUCAAAUUAACAGUGCCCGAGAAUCAUUUCCACAAAAUAAGAAAAUUGGUUUUUUUCCGGAAUUCAAAUAUAAUGGAAAUGCAAUGAAGUAUGAAUUUAAAGCUUCUGAAGAAAGAAUAAAAGCAGUAUCAAAUGGAAAGUCUCUUAUCAGUAUAAUUAAUUCGAAACCAAAAAUUCAUCAAAUAGAACAUAAAACGCCAAGAUGUGUCGAAAUCAGAAAGAAAAUGGCCCAACUUAGACCAAUUAACUAUACUACAAAACAAAAAAUCGAAUUUAUCCAACCUAUUUAUGAUUCUGAAUCAAAAAAGCAACUUAAUCAAUUCAUUGGUAAUGAAUAUCAUACAAAAAUUAAAGAAAUGAUCUCUGACAUUAAUGAAGAAACUGAUCAAAUUCAAAAUGUUCAAAUACACGAGUUAAACUACUUAAACGAGAAUAGGCGUAAUUCAAUGAUACAAUUCUAUAAUAAUUCGCUCCAUAUGGAUGUUGAUGACGCUUUAAUUAAAUCGAAAACAGAAAGUGAUUUAAUUCGAUUGAAACUAUUUCAUAAAAACAAUAAAGAUUGGUGGGAUGAAUUUAUCGAUUAUGCCCAAAGUGAACCUGUUGGGAAAUUAGAGCUUCAAUUCAUUCAGGAAUUAUCAGAGAUUGAUAAUCUAAAUAUUUCAACUUAUCUACGUCUUAGGAAGAGAUUAUUGGAUGAUCCCAAAAAGUGCACUCUAUGCCUAAAGCUACUUGACUGGAUAAAUUCGAAAAUCCAAAUUAUAGAUCCUGAAGCACAGGAUGUUAUAAUGAAUGUUAUUGUUAAAUAA